AUGCAUUUUCUGCCCACCGACAUGGUCUGUCAGACGAAGAUGGUCGCGGACGAGGAGAUGCCGCCGGCGAAAGGGGACGGGAUCGCCGUCUCCAGCCAGAUCUGGCUCCCAGCGCCUCCGCCCUCAGCCCCGGCUCCAGCCCCGGCUCCGGCCGGCCCCGAGACGGCCCCAGCCCCGGCCCCGGCCCCGGAGGGAGCGGGAGGCGGCCAGCGCCGGGCGGGGAAGCCGGAGCCGGCGCUGCUGAUCCGUGAGUUCCAGCCCACAGACCGGCCGAGCGUCCGCCGCAUCUUCCGGGAGGGGAUCCUGGAGAGGGUCCCCAACACCGCCUUCAGGGGCUUAAAACAACAGCCUGGCAUCCUGCUGCUGUACACCUGCUUCACCAUAAUGUGCUUUUAUCUGACCAAGUCCGCGCUGCUGACCUGCUGUGUGCCCACCUUACUAUUGGGCAUGAGAUAUUACUACAGUAGGAAAGUUAUCCUCAGCUAUCUUGAGUGUGUACUACAAACCGACAUGUCAGAUAUAGAGCAAUAUUACCUGAAACCUACAGGUUCUUGCUUCUGGGUGGCGGUUCUGGACGGCAAUGUCGUGGGGAUCGUGGCGGCCAGGGGCAACGAGGAGGACAACGUGGUGGAGCUGCGCCGCAUGUCGGUGGACUUUGAGCAGCGGGGCAAGGGCAUCGCCAAGGCUCUGGGCCGCAGGGUGCUGGAGUUCGCCAUGCUCAACAGCUACUCUGCGGUGGUGCUGGGGACCACCGCGGUCAAACCGGCCGCCCACAAGCUGUAUGAGUCACUGGGCUUCCGCUACGUGGGCAUCACUGAACAUUACGUGCUGCCGGGCAUGAGCCACUCCUUCCUCGAGAAGAUGUUUUUCCAGCUUCGUUACCACCGCUACCGGCUCCUGGUCCGUGAGGAAUAA